AUGUUUCCAGCCAACUUCGAUCCAUGCCGUACAAAGGCCACUUGGUCCACUCGAAGCAAGUGGAACUAUCAUUUGAUGAUUCGAUUUUGGACAAAGAUCGUUUUCGAACUACCUCAACUACAGCAAUAUGACUAUAUGAUGAGACUUGAUGAUGAUUCACAAAUAAUGAACAAGUGGUUGAAUGUUUUCGAUGAAAUGCGUCGUGCACAUGCAGUUUAUUUCGCAAAUGAUGUGGUGAUAGAGGAGGAAAGAGUGCUGCCUGGUACUCUAAAGUUAAAACCAGUGACAUUCGAGUACCAGAAGAUGAAAAAUAUCAAAGUGAAGCAGGCGGAAAUGCUUCGUCAAGCAUUCACUGAUGAUUAUGUUCUUAGUUAUGCGAACAAUUUCGAAGUAAUGCGAUUGGACUUUUUUCGACGCUCGGACGUUCGUCAAUGGAUCGAAAUGAUUGAUCAAACUCAUGGUAUUUUUAAGUAUCGAUGGGGUGAUGCCGUUAUACGAUAUCUAACCAUUGCAUUAUUUGCAGAAGAACGCGAAGUGCUGCAUCGCUCCCAAUAUAACCUUUCGUAUUGUCACAGAAAAUGUGGUUUACCGACGUCAUUAAAAGUGAAACUGAAGCAAUACGUGCAAUAG